GUGCCUCACCAAGCGUCUCACUUUCCAGGAGCCAUGAAAGGUGGAGAGCCAUGCAACACUAUUUAAGGGGGAGGGAGAAAGGGGGGGAGGAGUCAGUGGGCACCCCCUGACCCAACCCCUAUAUUUACCAGUCUUUCUGUUGGGGCCUAUGCAAGAAGCAAUAUUGUGAGUUCUGUUCUCUUAAUUAUUUUGGUUUAGAUUUAUGAGAAACUCAUAUUGAAAUGUAGAUAUUUUGAUCUGUUUAUACCUUGCACGAUGAUGGAAUAUUUUGGGUUGUUGAGGUUGUGGGGAAAUUAAUGCCACGAAAAGCCUUGUAAUCAGAAUUUCAAGUUUUAAUUUUUAUCUUGUUUAAAUACAUUAAAAUGUGAGGCUUAACAGAGUUGUAGUAACAUUAUUAAUUCAGCAGUACUUCUAGCUGUUGGUGCAGAUUGGCGUGUUUUGGUAGGUUUUGGGGCACCUCCCCAGAGGAUUUCUUGACAAUGAUGAAUGUCCAGAUAGGACCUGGAAUUACAAUGGAUUUGUUCACAUGUAUUUCACAUGAAUUUCCCAACCUGGAACUGGCAAUUUGUGCCUUUGGCAGGGUUGCUGCCCCCCCCCCCCCCCGCCCCAAGCUCAUUGCAGCCGCCCUUCUUCUCUGUUUCAUGCGCCAAACACACCCCUGACUCAAUCCCACUGUAAUAGAAUUAGAUUUACACUUGCCCUACACUAGCACUACGCUUUGACUUUGGGUGGGCAUAUCUCCUGACAUGCUUAGUAGCCAUCCAAAGCCACCAGGACAGCCUGACCCAAAGUCAACAGGGAAAAACUUACACUGUUUCUAAAGAGCAAGAGACACUUAACUUGCCCAGAGAACCAAUCAGGCAUAUCUUGUGCUCUGAUCCACCCUUCUCUUUUCAUUCUCUUUUCCUUCUUCCGUGCUGCUACCUGCUCCCCACUGAACACCCUCAGACAGAGAAACCUCUUUUUGUGGUCAAGUGAAGUAAAGUCAUCUUUUCAAUGUUGCAGGUGACUCAGUAGAUGAAGAAGGAGAUGGAAGAGCAGGACCCAGGAGGACCUGGACUUGGCAAGAGAGUGAGGAAAGACCCCCAUUCCGUCCAAACUAUGAGUGGUGUUGCAUUCUGGGAGAGAGCUGUGCCAGAGAUUCGGGAUCAGGAGCUCCUGAACUCAGAAAUACGUUGCGCACUCUUCCGGCAGUUCUGCUACCAUGAAGCCGACGGGCCUCGUGAGGUUUGCAGCCAGCUCCAUGGACUUUGCAACCUCUGGCUGAAACCGGAGAGACACUCCAAGAAGCAGAUCCUGGACCUGGUGAUGCUGGAGCAGUUCCUGUCCAUUUUGCCCAAAGAAAUGCAGUGCUGGGUGAGAGGAUGUGGGCCAGAGACCAGUUCCCAAGCGGUGGCCCUGGCCGAAGGUUUCCUCCUGAGUCAGGCCGAGGAGAAGAGGCGGGCAGAACAGACGUGGGAUCCAUCCAUGAAGAUGGAAGCAAAUUUCUCUGUGCUGGAAAGAGGUCUGUUGGAGGAAGGACAGCAAGCCCAGACGCAAGUCCAAGAUGCCAGCUCACCUGGGAGUGAAGAGAAACUGUUGAUCCAUUCUCAUUGCGGAGGCAUAGGAACAGCUGCUGCACCACCUGUCCAGACUUUGGUGUCCUUUGAGGAGGUGACCGUGCAUUUCACAGAGGCAGAGUGGACACUGCUGAAUCCAGACCAAAGUGCUCUCUAUGAGGACGUCAUGCUGGAGAACUACAGGAGUGUGGCCUCUCUGGAAAGACCACUUUCUCUUUGUGUGAGCCAAAGGAGCCAGGAACGUAAUGCAGAUGGUGGUGGAAACGGUUGAAGGCCUUACGGCUGAUGAAAGGCUGGAGAGUUUGUAAAGAGGAUCCCAAGAGAGUGUUUCCUUCCCAGAUGAGGUGGCUGCAAGUGAGGAACCUUCAUGGUUAUGUGAAGAGAAUGAUCAAGGAAUAUCCUCAAAGGAUGUCUUCUUCACUUCUUCAUGCAUCUUCGUUUGCCAGAAUCACAAAACCUGCUGAGAAAAGAGGGAGGGAGGCCUUCUGGGGGCUGAUAUCUGGGAUGAUCUGAAACUUUUUCUGGGGCUCCUUUGGGACAGCUGUGUCCUUAAAUAUGGAAUAUUCCAGGGAAAAGUGGGGGGCUUACGUAACAAAAGCCAAGCUGGAAGAGGCUACAGUCCUUUUUCUGCCUUGCUGCCUUUGGGCCUUAGCUGUCCUGGCCCCAACUGGAACCUCUUCCAAAAAUCAU